UUGAAUCGUGCUACAAUAUAAUUUUUCAACCAUUUAUGAUAUUGAUACAAAAGAACAAUCGUAAUCCUCAAGUAAUCGGUUUUCUAAAUCAAAUUCUUCGUGGUUUUCAUUCGUAAUGUGUAUGUAAGUGAUUUGAAAGAUAUGGUAAAUAGUUAACAUUGACUGUCAAGCAAGAAAAAUAAUAGCGGUGGCCUCCAAACUUGUAAUGGAAUCUUAUUUCAUAGCGACUUUCAAACGAAAGAAAUCGGCUCUGGAGGGCUACAAGUGAGUUAUGUUGUUGUUAAACUAGUUUGUGGACACGUCGGUUGAUCGGUGAACGCUGGUCGACGUUUUAUAUGCGCGUAACGGUGACAUGAGCACGAAUAAGAGGCGCGGAGGAGCUAGCAGUUGUGCCGUGCCCGGGGUGCCCGCGCUGGCCGUGUCCACCGUGCCCACCGCCAUGUCGGCCGACCUCGCGUCGCUGUUUGAAUGCCCCGUGUGCUUCGACUAUGUUCUCCCGCCGAUCCUGCAGUGCCAGAGCGGGCACUUGGUGUGCUCGAGCUGCCGACCCAAGCUGUCGUGCUGCCCGACGUGCCGCGGGCCCCUCGGCAACAUUCGCAACCUCGCCAUGGAGAAAGUUGCUAGCAAUGUAAUGUUCCCCUGCAAACACUCCAACACCGGCUGUACUGUGACCCUGGUGCACACCGAGAAGGCCGAGCAUGAGGAGGCCUGCGAGUUCAGACCCUACUCCUGCCCCUGUCCCGGGGCCUCCUGCAAAUGGCAGGGUGGCCUCGAUCAAGUGAUGCCUCACCUUAUGAUGUCACACAAAAGCAUCACAACCCUACAAGGCGAAGACAUAGUUUUUCUGGCUACCGACAUAAACCUUCCCGGAGCAGUAGACUGGGUGAUGAUGCAGUCUUGCUUUAAUCAUCACUUUAUGUUAGUUCUGGAAAAGCAGGAGAAGUUUGAUGGGCAUCAGCAAUUCUUUGCUAUAGUGCAGCUUAUAGGUUCUAGGAAGGAGGCGGAGAACUUUGCGUACAGGUUAGAGCUGAACGGCCACCGUCGUAGGCUGACCUGGGAAGCGAUGCCACGCUCCAUACAUGAAGGUGUCUCCUCCGCUAUCAUGAACUCUGACUGCCUCGUCUUUGACACAUCACUGGCCCAGCUUUUUGCUGACAAUGGAAACCUUGGCAUAAAUGUCACAAUAUCUAUUGCCUAAAAUUAAUAUUGCCACAUUAGAAGUAGAAAGCUGCCAGAAAAACUUAUUAAAUUGGCUAUAAAAAAUAAUCUAAUUAUAUUUAAAAUGUCAGUGAAAUAGAAGCAUAUAGAUCUCUUAUGAAUUAUGUAUAGACAGUGCAGUGUUUGAAAAUUUUGAAUUUAUCAAACUGGAUUUAAUACUUUGUUACAAUUCGCAUUGUUUACAGUUCCCUGACUUUGACAUGUUUAUAUUUGAUAGGACAUCAUAAGCCAAAUGUUUUUUAUUUCAUUAUCAUUUUGUAUAUGUGUGUUCACUUUAGUGUUAAGUAGUGGAAAGUUUAAUCGGAGCAAAAUGCUUCUGAAACGCCUUGUAAACAUAGAUUAUAAAUUAUAACAAAUUAUGACCCCUCAUAAGUGAGGGAAAGUGAUUACUUUAUUCCAAAAUAUGAACAAAUAUUAUUUGUGUUGUUAACAUUUAAUCAUUUGUAUAUAGUGUAAUGUUAAGAGGUUUGAGCAAUUUCUAUGCAAUUAUAACUGUGU